AUGCAGACGGAGCCUGUGGCUGGUGAGGCUGCUGAGCAGGGCCAGGCCGGGCCCUGCCUGCAAGGACGCCCGAGCCCUCCACUGGCCCCUGUGCCAGGGAAUACUCCAGGCUCUCCUACCGGCCCCACCAUGACAUCGGAGCCCACAUCACCUCCAGUCGUGCCCCCUCUCCACUCUCCCAAGUCCCCCGUCUGGCCCACCUUCCCCUUCCAUCGGGAGGGCAGCAGGGUCUGGGAACGGGGUGGUGUCUCAUCUCGGGAUCUACCCAGCCCGCUGCCCACCAAACGGACCAGAACAUAUUCAGCGACAGCCCGUGCCUCGGCUGGCCCCGUGUUCAAGGGCAUCUGUAAGCAGUUCUCGCGCUCACAGGGCCAUGGCUUCAUCACCCCCGAGAACGGGUCUGAGGACAUCUUUGUACAUGUGUCUGACAUCGAGGGCGAGUACGUGCCCGUAGAAGGUGACGAGGUGACCUACAAGAUGUGCCCCAUCCCGCCCAAGAACCAGAAGUUCCAGGCUGUGGAGGUGGUCCUCACCCAGCUGGUCCCUCACACCCCCCACGAGACAUGGUCUGGCCAGGUUGUAGGCUCCUAG